UGAUGAGUUGAGGUUGAUAGAGGCUAUUCCUGUUACAUCCUGAACCUCCUCUGGCGCAUUCUGUAUAUCUUCUCUUCUCUUUAUCUCCUCUCUCUAUUGAUCCUUCCACUGGCGUCCUCAGAAUGAGAUCCUUCAGCGACUCGAUAUCCCGCUGGACAGCGGCCCUUACCCUCCUGUGGCUGGGCCUGGUCAAUGCUCACACCGUCAUCACUUACCCCGGAUAUCGAGGCAACAACCUGCACACCAACGGUACGGUCGAAGAGACCAAUGGUUUGGGUGUCGCUUGGAAGAACGGCUCUUAUGUCUACCCCUAUGGAAUGCAAUGGAUCUAUCCCUGUGGUGGCAUGGCCACCUCCCGCAACCGCACCAAAUGGCCUGUCACCGGUGGUGCUGUCGCCGUGCAACCAGGCUGGUUCCGCGGCCAUGAGACGGCCUUCGUCUACAUCAACAUCGGCUGGGGUACCAUCCCUCCCAACAUGAGUAACCCCAUGCUCUCGGUCUUUGAAAUCGAAGGUCCCACCAACAACCCUUACCCUGGUACCAUCUGUAUGCCGCAGGUGCCGCUGCCGGCCAAUAUGAGUGUGAGCCCGGGUGAUAAUGCGACGAUCCAGGUGGUGUUGGCGGCGAAGCAUGGUGCUGCUCUUUACGAUUGUGUGGACAUUACCUUCGCGGAACCUGAAGACGUCGAGGAGGUGACGAAAGACAACUGCUUCAACUCGACGGAUAUCGCCUUCAAGUAUGUCUUUGCUUCGAAGUCGCUGACAACCUCUGGGGCACUGGCGCGGCUAAGUAGUCCCGGAUUGACGGCCGUGGUGCCGGUGCUGGUGAUGGUGGUGUUUGGAUUGUUCAUGAUGUGAUGUGAUGAUAUAUUCUGAUGUUGUUUUGCUCCAUGGUCAUUUGGCACAUACCUACCAUACAUACCCUUACACUCUCCUUAUACCCAUGUUCCGUUUGGCUGUGAUCCAACGAUGAUCUGUUUUGCAAUGAAGUUGCAUGUUUA